AUGGCUACCAGAAAUGGUGUUUACAGCUUUGGAAUUCACAUUCCGCCAUUCCGUGUGAAGAUGGAACGUUUUCACAUCGUCAACCAGUGCCUCCGAUGCUACGAGUACACCCACUCCACCAGCAAAUGUACCCAGCGGAUUCAGAAGUGUAGCCUCUGCUCAGCUGACCACCAUUACUCCAUCUGCAAGUCUGAAACACUAUGCUGCUUGCUGUGCAAAGGCGAUCAUCCAGCAAUCUCCAUACGUUGUACUCGUAGACAAAACGUCAUUAAAAACAUGGAGAAAUCCACAUCUUCAACCGGAGCCAGUACCUCUGGAGCAACAAGCCAAUCAGCGACCACCUCUACUUCAGGUUUCGACGCCCAAGCCGCCAUUUUCCCGGAGCUCCCGGGAGGACGUCCCACUGCUACUACCAGCCAAUGGGGAGCCAGCUCCCAAACGCCAACCAGCGAUUCGUCGAGCCAGCCAUCACCCCCGGCCCACACCAACCGACCACUGAACAGCACAGUUCAAGCAUUAACAUCGGCGGCCAGCAUGAUAGCUUGCAAUAACCCCAGGGAAUACGUAAGAAUAUUAAAUAUUCUAUACAAAGCAAAUGGUCUUCCAGCUUUCAUAGUUCCAGAAGAAGUCUUCACCAACACCACUUCAAGUUCUCAAGAUACAGUCUUGGUCCCUGACAUCACCGUGAACGCCGCCGUGCUCACGGAUCUACUAUCAACAGCAAAGCCUACUCCUCCAGCAACUUCAUCACAAGCCACCCAGACGUCGACGCCUCCUCUAUCGACUACUGAUACAGUGCCAUCUCUCGUGUGCGAACCCUCUACACGUCCUAAAUCAGCUGCAACUCCCAUUAAGCUUCAACAGGCAAGAACUCAACCUCCAAGAUUCACUGCAUCUACUUCUGACUCAGCUGACUCAUCAGAUGAGGACGUCUCGGUGGGAAUACCAUCUCCUCCACUGAAGCAACCCUACACAACAGAAGAUUUUCGGCUGGAAGCUACCUCCAACGAUAGCCUCACCGUAUCAACACGAAGCAAGACCAACAAACAGGCCAGGUGGCCUGGGAAGAAGAAAAACACCGACGAUCUGCGCCCGAGUACAUCAAGGAAUCAGCAGAACACCAACGCAAAGCUGAAAGAACACCGAGACGAGAAGCUCUGCCUCCUACAAGACACAUCAGCGAGCACCCAUGAGAACUCCACUCUACCACCAAACUGCAGCAUCAGCUGCAAUUCUUACCCACG